UAACACCACCACAGCCACUUCCGGUUUACCCGGAACUUAGCAUAAGUCCCAAAGAUGGCGGAGCAAGGUCCGAUGGCCAUAGCGAUGCGGCUACGAAAUCAGCUACAGUCCGUUUACAAACUGGACCCACUGCGAAACGAGGAGGAAGUGAAGUUGAAGAUCAAGGACCUGAACGAACACAUUGUCUGCUACCUUUGUGCAGGCUACUUCAUAGAUGCCACAACAAUAACAGAGUGUUUACACACCUUCUGUAAAAGUUGUAUCGUAAAGUAUUUGCAAACAAGCAAAUAUUGUCCAAUGUGCAACAUCAAAAUUCAUGAAACACAGCCGUUACUCAACCUCAAAUUGGAUCGAGUGAUGCAAGACAUUGUCUACAAACUGGUGCCUGGAUUACAAGAAAGUGAAGACAAAAGAAUAAAGGAAUUUUAUCAGUCACGUGGAUUAGAGAGAGUCAUUCAGCCUGCUGGAGAUGAUGGUGUACCAGAUGCUACAGUACCUUACACAAGCUUUGACCACUCAAAAGCUCACUUCUACAGAUACGACGAGCAGGUUUCACUGUGUUUAGAAAGGUUAAGUUCAUCACUAGCUGAAAAAAAAGAUAAAACAAAGCUUACUCUUCAGAAGUUUGUUCGCUGUUCUGUUCGAGCAGAAGUGAGGCACCUACGGAAAGUGCUUUGUCAUCGAUUAAACGUAGAAAAACACCAGGUCCAGAUGCUGUUCAAUAACGAGUUUCUGCCAGAUCACAUGACCAUGAAGCGGUUAUGGCUCUCACACUGGUUUGGCAAGGCCCAGCCAUUAGUUCUUCACUACACCAUCAAGGACAAAAGGAACAGAUAGGACUUGUUUUUCAGUUGGACAAAAGCUGUACAUAUUUUGUACAAUACAUAUUCUAUUUUAAUAGUGUUUGUGUACAUAUACUUAUUUUCCUUGUUUUGUAUUUUUGAAAAUAAAAUUUUAAAUGGAAAAAUGAGCUUGUGUUAAUGACUGGGUAGAUGUUUCCAUCAGCAUAAGGCCUGCAUACGCAAAAGGUUCUCGG